UUACAAGCACAACAGCAAAUAGUUUUGAGCCACAUCAAAUUGUUGCCAUUCGACUACAAACAGUUCGCUAAAUUAUGGAAUUCACUCCGCAUUUCAAACGCAAGCGAGGCAAUUGCAAAGACUUUAUUAAAUUAGCGCCCUUUCCCCCAAACUCCAACGGACUACGCUACCAAGGUGUUUUCAAUGGACUCUGUGUAGAAGUAUUUAAUACAGAACAGAAUUUAAUAAAGACCCUACACGAUAAUGGCUGCUAUGGCAAAGGAAGCAAUUCACGCGGCGGCCCAAUUUCUGGAGAGUCCGACGAAUCGCUUCUACUUGGACUGGAGGAGGCUUGUGUGUUGGCCUACUAUUUAAACAUACUGGAGAUAAAAGACACAUCGAACAAAGAGAUUGCUUGGCAAGCGUACGUACAAGCAGCACUGGAAUAUGACAAAGAAUUUGUCUAUAAGCUGGCUGCAUAUUUGUAUCUAAAAUCAAAGAAUUGGAUAAUUAAGAGCGGCAUUAAGUUCGGUGGUGAUUUUCUCAUCUACAAAGAAGGUCCGCGACAAUUUCAUGCCAGUUUUUUGGUACUGGUGCACACUUCAGACGUUAUUAAUCACCCGCAUUAUGUUAGCAAGAAUUUGAAGGGAGCUCAACGUGUAGCUGAAACAUCGGACAAAGAUGUGCUCAUUCUGAGAGUGAACGAGCAGAAAGACUUCGAUCCUGCGUUGGCCACACCGGCGGCACUGGAGUCCCUGACCAUUGACGAGACUGUGAUACGGCGUUUUAACUACACAUCUUUUGUGCAAAUUAAACAGAAAUAAUAACAAGAGUAAACUAGA